AUGAUAGAUAACGGGGGCGUACCCCUAUUUACUUUUCGGGGAGCUGUAUUUUUGCAGCCGAUCGCGCGUUCGGGAAAACAUCUUGCAAAGAAAAUCCUUCGCAUCAACCUCGGAACUGAAAAACCUGAAACUGAGGGGAAUGGGACAUCUAUCUCGCUAGCUAGCUCGCUUCGCUUGGCUUACCAGCUAGCCUACGCCUUAUUGUGGAGGUGCAACCAACCAACUCAGCCACAGUCAGCCGUAAACAAACAGUUAGCAGGCAGGCUGUGGCAGCUCUCUCCCUGUAAGAAAAGGCUGGUUUAG